GUCGGACCUCGCCGUCGCCGAGAGGGUCCUCGAAGGCAUGAAGAAGAUGACCGACCCCGAUCUCUGCGUGCUGCCUCCGCCCGGCUCGUUCCCGAUCAAGACUGCGGGGGCGACCACCUCGCAAGGGAUCUUUGCACCGCUCGUCCUCGGCGCCAAGUCUGUGAUGGGCGCGCAGGAGCUCAAGGAGUUCCGCGCCUCAGUGAUCGCAAAGCACAGCAAGGUCAUCGCCGAGUUUGUCGAUACAUCCGCAUCGCCGUUCGGACAGCUCGUGCUGAAGAGCAUGUUUGAGUACGCGGACAAGGACGGGAACGGCACACUCGACCGCCAGGAGGUGCGCGAGGCGCUGCAAGACCUCGGCUUCGACUUUUUGGACGAGAAGCAGGUUGGCACGAUCGUGAAGAAGGCGGACAAGGACAAGGACGAGGUCAUCGACUUCGAGGAAUUCGUCAAGGAGACGCCAAAGGUGCUCCGCGUCAACCUCGUCAAGCUCGCCAAGAGGAACGGACAUGACCUCGGGUUUCUUGUAUGAGUGGGCGGUGAGGACGCGAGGCCAGAAAGGGGAGGGAACGAUAGCGGAUAGGAGGAAGGAGCGGCGGCUCCGUUACCGCACUAGUGGCGCGCCGACUGGCGACACGGGUGGAGCAGGGUAUGGGCUGUGUGUAUGUGGGUAUGUGGAGGUGCAUGUGUCCACAUGCGAGAGGAUGGAGAGUGUGCCCUCUCCCAAAGAGCAAGACGGACUGUGUACAAUA